AUGUUGUGCAACCAGCGCAUAGCAAUCCUAGUUUUCGCCACGCUAAUCAGUGUGACAAAGUCAUCGCCUGCCUCCAAAUUCCUCGCGAAUUUUGAAGCUCAAAAUCCACGAUUGGUAGCUCGUUCUACGAAAAGUCACUCGCACCAUCACGAGUGUGAUCGGCCAUCUGAAUUAACUCCAUCAUAUUGGCGUCAGAUGAAGCUCGAUGAUUAUUUGAGGAACUACCCGGAGGGAAACUCUCUCAGUCUUCCAAUGUAUGUGGAUCAACUUCACUUUGGAACUGAAUUCGACUGUGGCAUUCACAAACAUUGCAGUGUUGGGCCUAUCUGUGAACCUGUCAGAGGAAACGAUUAUUACGUUUUGUUUGCUACCGCACAAUGGAACUAUUACACCAACUCACUUUCUAGGGUGCUCACUUUGGCAACUUCAUUGGUCAAAGAGGUGGUUCCUAAGCUCAUUCACGAUUUUGUCGAGCUCUCGCCAGGGGAAAGCGAUGCGCACACCAUUCCUGAACCAGACUUGAUUCGCAUCAUGCUGGGAUCAAUUUCGGUAGGAGGAACAGUCAAUAAAUCUGGAGUGAAUAACUCCACACACCCCGAUUAUUUGGCCGCCCUCGAGCCUCUCAGUACUGAAGUGGCCCAGAGUAUGCUGGUGGCCGCUGCCCAUACUUCAGCAGGUGCAUCACCUCCCAAGCCUCAUCCCGAGACCUCGAAUCUUCUCGAUACCCCGUCUACGAGCACCAAUUUCACAAGCCAUACCAAUCAGACAUUGAAUGUUGGACCUUCCAGAUCUCUACCUGUCGAAGCAGACCCGAAAUCGACGCAAGAGCAAGCCCAAGAAGGUACAUCCCAAGAUUUGGACUCAGAAGACGUUCCAAGUAAUCACACUGGCGUCUUUCACAAUGUUCAGAUGAAUGCCUAUGGCAAAGAUCAAGACGUAGAUGCAGCUAAACCAGCAGUUAGAAUGCAAAAGCGUCAACUUGCUGAAUCAAACAUCCCAGUCUUACCAAUCGUAUACAAUUCGACCGAUACUGUGGAAAACAACAUCCAAGCCCUUUCUACUCAGUUUCAAGCCUUUGUGGAUGACUCUUUCAAUCACAAGAUCAACGCCCCAAUAAGCGAGGAAGAUGGUAUCUAUGGUGCUCUUAAGGAUGGAAGAUUCUUAGUCGAAUAUGUUGAACCUGCAUCUCUUCGAUCAAAUGCUGAAGAUGUGGUGAACCUUCUCACUAUCUCAGCUAUCCUGCAGGCUCAGUCGGACUGCCACAUGUCAGACAACCAUGAUAGUACUCUCAGCUUCUGUUCACCAGAUGGAACGCUUACGGAGAUCGUUCGAGUUGAAGGAAAUUCGAUCAGGAGAGACAUCUUCAAUGCUGAAUUGAUUGAAAACAAAUAUGGGUUUUCGACUCAGUUUUUAGCAGAAGAAGCUCGGAGAUGUCAACUCCUCAAUGAUGGGAAACCUGACCCACCAAAUUUCAAGCACGAUCAAUUCGACAUCUGCACAUUUGAUGUGCAAGUAUGUGACCUCAAAGAGCCCCGACUCGCUCAAAUGUUACAAGAAGGAGCUAGUAUCGUGAAGCUCUGCAGACAGGAAGUUGGGUUGGCAAUUUAA